AGGAAGGUAUUUUGCCAGCCUGAGGCAGAAGGAGGAUGAAGAAAUGGACAAUGGCAAACAUCUGCCCCACCAGGAAGGCGCCGCAUCAGCAGAGCACGAAGACGAGAGCAGUUCAGGGGAGGAGACAGACAAACACAAUGGCGUUGCUCGGCGCCAGAGAGCCUCCUCAGCUGAGAUGGACCAGGAUCCGGGCCCCCGAUCUCAGAAUAUCGCUGAGAAGUAUGACUGGUUCAGCCCCGUAUGGCGAGGGGAAGAGCGCGACGAGCUCGUCAAUGCAGUGCAUUUGAACAAAGCUAGCAACGGCGCUAGUAUCAAGGGCAAGGAACGAAUGGAACAGGAUUCCACUAUCGUGCUUGGUCUUCGGGCUGGACAGACCUUCUCACUACAAGGCUUGGCCGAAAUCCGCUUGCUUGCAGGCUCCGUCCGCAUAGAUGGCGUCUCUCUGUCCUCGAAGCAAGUUACGGGAGCACAGACGCUUGCCUGUCCCAAGUCAUCACCCUUGCCGAUUAUCUCUGCAGAACCGUCUCCAGCAGAAUCCUCGCUGGCCGCUACCGGUAGCCGCAGGGCAGACGAACAGGAUCAGGCUCUCCUUGCCGCCUCGAGCUUGAGCCCCACAAGAUUCGACUGCAUCAUCUCACUCUCGCCCAUCCUAGACUCCGGCCUCGAUGCCCUUUCGCGCAUCUGUCCGCUGGCCGGACCUGACCCCUUCUGUAGCAUAGUAUCGCAAGCUGGCUCAUCUACUCCGUCAGCUAAGGCGCAGAGCACCUCUACCUUGCAACUUGCGCCUGACCCCACUCUUCCAUUCCUCUCUUUGGUCUUUCAAAGUCGCGUCGAAAAUGGAUCGUACCAAUUCCAUCGGACGCCUGCUAGCUGGGUUGACGCCUUGAAUGCUGCGCCCCGCCGGACGCACGGCGAGCAGCAGCCGCAAGUCUUCAUGGUGAAAGGGCCUAAGGGCGCCGGUAAAAGCUCUUUAGCAAGGCGUCUUGUGAACGCUCUGCGCUUUUCACAGGUCCGCAAAGACGCGGAUGACGACAGCUCCGAUGAGGUCGGCUGUGACGUCGCUUUCAUGGACCUUGAUCUCGGUCAGGGCGAAUUCGGCGUGCCAGGCAGCAUAGGAUUACAUCUACUCUCAGAAGCCAGAGCUGCUGGGGCCGGAUGUCCUCUCUUGGCGCCGGCUUGGCUGACUCACGCAAGCUCCUCACAGCACAAGACACUCCUCUCGCAUUACUUAGGCCAAACGACACCCCGUGACAUCCCCUCCCUGUAUCUCUCAGCAGUUCAGUCUCUGUCCGAUUACUACCGGUCGCAUCUUGCGUCGGAGAGUGGACAAGCGCGCAGACCCACUGUUCGGCCAGUGAACCUCAUAGUAAACACGAUGGGCUGGACGAAGGGCUUGGGCGCUGAGCUCGCUGCUCGGGUCGAGAGUAUCGUUCGGCCUGACGUGAUCUACGACCUGACAACGACCUUGGAGCGGUCAGGCCCUUACCGACAACCCAAUGGUUCAGGCAGCGCAGAAUUGAGCGAGGUGACACUGCCUCCAGCAGGGACCGGGCAGCCAUACCUUGAUGCAUUCGGAGCUUUCGUGGCACCUGGCCCUCGAAUCGUGCCGCUACAGGCUAUUGGCCUCGAUCUCAAGCUACAGGAAGAAGCCGGCAUAGGAGGCAUGGUCGCUUCGUGGCCAACGAGACGCCUCACUCCGGCUGAUCAAAGAUCUUUGAGCAUCAUGACAGCUCUUCACUCUGCUCCUCGUCCGAGCCCAUCGCUCUUCCCUGCGUGGGACUUUUCCUCGUCUCUCCUCGAGCAAAGACCUUAUGUGCUCGAUAUCAGGGCAGGCUUGACAGGAGGCAUUCAAUUCUUCCCACCUCUGGCCAGACCGGUGGAUGUCGGCACGGCUUUGGCGGCACUCAACGGCGAGCUCGUCGGGCUUGCCGUAGUCAGAGAUGGGUCAGCGAACGAGCCGGCUGAAGGACAGAAUGAGCAAGGACACCUGCCGACAUCGGACGACGAUAUGUCAAUGGCGUCAAGCUGGAGGACUCUUCUAUCUCCCGUGCCUGUGCCCUUCCCUGCUCUCAACUUCCUGUCCCUAGCCUUGAUACGGUCCAUCGACCCGGCAAGGGGGCAGAUUCACCUCUUAUGUCCCUAUCCCGUCUCUUCGCUCUUGCCUGCAUCUUCCUCGGCCCCGAGUCUGAAGUUGGCGCUGAUCAAGUCGUCGGGCGAGGCAGGCUCUGGUUCUUCAGGCAGUGUCGAGCUGCCCGUCUGGGCCAGUCUAGACGCUCCUGCAAUUCUUGCAGCGCGGUCCGGCAGGCUCGGGGUGGAUGCGCUAGGUGCAAGCAACGGAGAGGUGGAGGAAGUCGCCGGUGUCCGGCUGGAGGAGGUUCCUUACCUCGAAUGGCCAUUGAUCAUUGAGGGCGCGAGCGGGGCUGUAGACUCAGACUUGGAAGGCAGAGUGAUCGGCAAGGAGAGGAGACGAGUCAGGCGUAACCUGAUGAGAAAGAAUCAGAGUUGAGGGAGAGGUGCAGGAACGCUGCAGGCAUCGCUAUCGUGCACCUCGCUUCGCUUCGGCAGAGCAACCUUGCAGACCCGAGCCUCCGCGUAGAUAGAUACCCCACGUGUGACUAGUCGCUCGACAAUCGCUUCCAAUGUUGACAAACCGUCCUGGUGAAUCAAAACUGCCACCUGAUUGACAAGGUUGGGUUCCAGAUCUGAUCUGUCUCUUCACCUUUACGUCUGUCAGUCUUGUCUGGCGUUACAAGCAAUCAUGCGGGUGGACACGGGACGUUAGCGCUCGUCGACCUUCGCACGUCUCGCUC